CAGCAUUUCGUGGAUGUAACUAAUAGAUGAAUAGAAAGACAAAAAAAUAUUAACUCCUGAAUCAGUGAUCAAACUAGUAUGUCUUACUCUUCCUCUCUGUGUAUUUUAUUCAAGGGUCUCGAAUUUGUUAUGGCAAAGGAGUUGGUACCACUUGAAGGAGACUAUGUAUGUGAACUUGUAAUUAAGAUGGUGCAAACUACUGAAGAGGAUCAGUAUGAUCUCAGCCGUUGCUUAGCCAUUGAAGCUAUGUAUAAAAACAAUAAAGGAUUGUGUUUCGAUAUUUAUGAGUUCAUGGGUAUUUUACAUGGGACAGAGCAUUUCGUGACAGUUCUCCAAGCCAAGAUUGGAGGUCCUUGCAUCAUUAUCCACCUCACAGAUGACUCAGGACAAUCAGUUACUUAUUCUUGUACAUAUUGCAUGGACAAAGGAAAAUGGAUUACAAAUAACAUGCCUCAACUGAUCUUUCAUCCAUGCAAGCUGUUGUUUCAACUUCCAGUAAGCAAAAAUAAUUACUGA